AUGCCUCCUUUUAAUGGUGAGAAAAAGACCAAGACAGUAGAUGGAUCAAUAUUGCAAAAGAAGGAACACAUGACGUCAAGUAUUACAGUUGGAACACGUUGUUAUAUUCCAGAUGAAGAUGCUGCAUGGCUUCCUGUGUCUAUUGAAGAAGUAAAUGAAGAAAAAAGACUUGUGACGGUGAGAAUUCAACGUCCACGGAAUGAUCAAAUGCAUGACGGAUCAGUUGAUCAUGACGAUACUGAUAGAACGGGCGAGAGUCGAGUUGUGGCUAUUGAUGUUGGAUUUCCUUUACAAAAUGCACAACUUUCGCGGUCUGAAGAAGGUCUGGACAAUAUGAUUGAGUUGAAUCAUUUACAUGAAGCUUCGAUUCUUCGAAAUCUCAAGAAACGCUUUCGAGCACGAAUGCCAUAUACGUAUACGGGAGAUAUUUGUCUCGCAGUGAACCCGUACCAGUGGUUGGAUGAGCAGUAUACACCCGGACUUCAUCAAAAGUAUUUGCAAGCUCGAAAACGACAGGAGUUGCCACCUCACGUGUAUGCGGUCUCGGUCGCGGCUUUCCGACAUAUGUGUGACAAGCGUAGCAAUCAGAGUAUUCUUGUUAGUGGUGAGUCUGGUGCUGGAAAAACAGAGACCACUAAAAUAUUGAUGGACAACUUGGCUACUAUUGCGCCGGUACCGACUAAUACUGCAACUGACGGAGAGCAUAGCAUCACUACACGUAUUAUCGAGGUAAAUCCGCUACUUGAGAGUUUUGGUAAUGCAAAGACGACUCGUAACGACAAUUCGAGUCGCUUUGGCAAGUUUACACAGCUUCAGUUUGACAAGAACCACGCCCUCUGCGGCGCUCAGUGCAAAACCUAUUUGCUGGAGAAGACACGUGUCAUUUCCCAUGAGCGAGGAGAGCGCAAUUACCACAUUUUCUACCAGCUUUUGCACGGCACGACGCCAGAUGAAAAGGAUGCACUGGGAUUGGGAAACGAGUGUCCAAGUUUUUCGUACCUGGGAGAAAAGGAGCCUCAACAAGAGUCACGACCUGGACAAAAGACGAGGAUAUGCUCCACACCCUCACCAAAAUCAUCUGCUAUUAUCGAAGCCGAGAACUCUAAAGACCGAGCUCUGUUUGCGAAGACACGACAAGCACUAACGCUACUAGGACUUGGACCUGAGCAACAAAACGACCUGUUCCAGGUCCUCUCGGGUAUAUUACACUUGGGCGAGGCUCAAUUCACCGCAAAGCCCGACAAUGAUGAAGCGUGUGACUUGGAUAAGGAUUCGGUAAUCUAUUCGAGCACACUCCUUGGUUUGAACCCGGACACGAUGGCUGCAGCACUGACUCAUCGCACAAUGAAGGCAGCUGGAGAAGUGUAUUUGGUACCGCUAACAGUGGAGAAAGCUCAGUCUGGACGUGACGCACUUGCUAAGGCUAUCUAUGCAAGCAUUUUUGACUGGCUAGUGUCUGGAAUCAAUGCCAGUUUGGGUGCUGCAGCACGACUCACUGCAAACACGAUUGGUGUUCUGGAUAUUUUUGGAUUUGAGAGCUUUGAGCACAACUCGUUCGAGCAGCUCUGCAUUAACUAUGCCAACGAGAAACUGCAGCAGAAAUUCACGCAGGACGUGUUCAGGACCGUGCAGGAAGAAUACGAGCGCGAACAGAUCACGUGGGCUCACAUUUCGUACGCUGACAAUAGCGAUUUGCUUGCGCUCAUUGAAGGUCGAAUGGGUGUGCUGGCGUUGCUAAACGAAGAGAUCGUCCGCCCUCGAGGUAACGAAGAAGGAUUCGUAAGCAAGCUUUCAGGUGCCUAUCUUAAGCAAACGAAGCUCAUUGAGUUCCCGCGGAUGUCCAAGUCUCAAUUCGCGAUUCACCACUAUGCUGGAACAGUCAAAUAUGACGCCAAGGGGUUCCUUGAGAAACACAAGGACGCUUUGCUUUCGGACUUGUCGGAUUUAAUGUGCGGCAGUCACGACCAGUUUUCACAGAUGCUCUUUAAGAUGAAGGCCGAGAUGGAAGCUGCGGCUGCUGCAGCUGCUAGUAGGUUGAAACUUGCGUCUUCAGGAGGUCGGAAACUCGGAGGAUCUCGCGUCGGAGUUGGGGCGGACCAGACCGUGGGCAUGCAAUUUAAGCAGUCUCUGAAUUCUCUCAUGGGCACUAUCAAUGAGACGAACGUCAAUUAUAUUCGGUGUAUCAAACCAAAUAGUGUCAAGAGCUCCACGAUACUAGAAGACAAGAUGGUGGCCAAUCAAUUGCGCUGUGCUGGCGUCAUUGAAGCUGUUUGCAUCGCCCGUGUUGGUUAUCCAAACCGAUUGCUACAUGCCGAGUUUGCAGAGCAGUUCGACGUUUUCUUGAAUGAAAAGGAGCAAAAACAGAUCAAGAAAGAAGCAGAACAGCAUGGUGCAUCAUUUUGCCGUAUAUUGGUGAAGCAGUUCAAGCUCGAGACCCCGGAGGAGUAUCAGAUGGGUGUGACGAAGAUUUACCUGCAGAAGGGUGUGCUCGAGAAGCUGGAGCAUGCCAAGGCGCAAAAGCUGUUUGCGUAUGUAGCACUUAUCCAGGCUCAUUGGCGCGGUUUGCACGCACGCUGCGAAUACUACACGAUACGUGUCGCACUGGUUGAGAUUCAGCGAUGUGUUAAGGCGUUUUUGGACAGAAGCCGGUUCCUUCGCAUGAGACUCGCGAUUGCCACGAUUCAACGUGUCUGGCGUGGACACGUUGGUCGUUGUGAGUUCCACGCGCUGCUAUGUUCGCGUUGUGCUCUUCAGAUUCAGCGCAUGUGGCGUGGCCAUCAGGGACGGCACAUCUUCUUUGCGGUGUUAUGCCAGACUCGUGCAGUUUGUCUGCAGUGCUUUGCUCGACAGUACCUUGCUCGACAAGAGCUUGGUAGGCGUCGGACUACGUACAUGGCGAAACUGGAGAGUGAGGAGCGGGAACGAAUGAAGAGGGAGAUGGAACUUGCCAAGCAACGCAAGCGAGAAGCAGAGCUUACUAGACAACGCGAGUUACAGGAAGAGCUGAUUCGAUUGGAAGAAGAGCGUCGACUGGAAGAAGAACGCAAGUUUCAGGUCCUUUGCGAAGAGAGCGCGCUGGCUAUCCAAAAAAACGUCCGCGGAUAUUUUGCCCGGUGCUUGUUUGCCAACAUGCUGCAAGAGGCUGAAGAAAAAGAGCUUCGUCAUCGUGAAGAAGAGGAGGAACGGGAGCGAAUACGUUUGCAGUGUGAGCACGAUAAGCGUAAGGCACAACGUCUUGCCGCGGAGGAGGCAGCCCGAGAAAAGGAGAGGUUGGCAGAGGAACGGAAAAGGAAGGCGAUUGCCAUGCGUCAGCGUCGUGAGAAGGCAGUCAUGAUCAUGCAACGGAUGGUUCGCGGUCAUUUAGCCAGGGCGCAAUUUGAAAAGAUGAAGCAAGCGGCGGAAGAGGAGGUUCGCAGAAUGGAGGAAGAGGCCCGCAGAAUGAAGGAAGAGGCUUGUAAGAAGCCGGAAGCAGGUACUAGCAUGCAGGAUAUUCAGCGUGGUCGAUUGGCUCGUCAGCAAUUCUCUACAUUUAAAAUCUCAAAGGCCGAACAGGAACAGGAGGCUUCUUGUACAGUACAAGAUGACGAGGUCGCUCGUAUUCGGAAAGAGCAGGAUGAGGAGAUUUCCCGUGUUCGAGAAGAGAAUGUCAAGCUUAAACGGCAGCUGGCAGAGCUUCAGAAAACGAACCAGGAGCUAGAGGCUGUGGUGGCCGAGUACCGUUGCGACCGUGAUGUGAUAAAGGCGUCCAACCGUCUCAAGGCGGUCGACCUGACGCAAAAGUUGAGCGUUCAUCGCAAGGAAUUGGAAUCUGCACGCGGCGAGUACUCAGACUUGUGUAAUUUCCUCGAGAAGAGCGGCAGCUCAAGCCGCUCGACGGAGCCGGAAGAGAUGCACUCGUCCGAUAGUUCGUCUACGUCAGGGGACGAUGAAGUGGAGAAAUGGAAGGAAGACCGACCAACUAUCGACUCGACAACUAUGUCCUUUUUCGACAGUGAUCGGCCUUCAACUGACAUUGCAAAGCUGCUUGGUAGCAGCAUGUCUCGUACGACACGAUUAGCCAGUGCCAUGCAGCAACGUCGUCAAAAAGCGAGUCAGGCGGUGCAACAGCGGAAACAGCAAGCAAGUUCCGUUUUACAGCAUCGCAAAGAGGUGGUUGCUCAACGAAAGGAGAAGAUGAGUCAACGGAAGGAGCAAGGGAGUCAACGGAAGGAGCAAGUGGUGCAAAAUGGUACGACCACUGUUACAAAGGCCAAGAAAUGGGUCAGUCUCGCUCGUAGCAAGACUGCAAAGAACAAGGACAAGGGACCUAUUACUCCAAUUGACUUGAUUGAGUAA